AUGAGUGAUAAUCCUUUUGAGUCUUAUUUAUCAAGAGAUGGGCAACAAUUGAAUCCUUCACUAGACGCCUUGUCACAACCAAAUGCAUCUCUGGAAUAUUGUACCGUUUCAGUUCAGGACACAUUAGCACAAUUGGGGACCGAUUUAGACAAUGGGUUGUCAAAUCAGUCUGAAAUUGCUUACAGAAAAUCUAUAUGGGGAUCUAAUGAAGUGCUUGCGGAUGAAGGCGAAUCCCUAUGGAGAAAGUUUCUAGGCACGUUUAUUGAAGAUCCAUUGAUUCUAUUAUUAAUCGGGUCAGCUGUCAUAUCUUUCUUGAUGGGCAACAUCGAUGAUGCAGUUAGUAUUGCGCUUGCCAUCAUCAUCGUGGUUACUGUUGGGUUCGUUCAAGAAUACAAAUCAGAAAAAUCUUUAGAAGCCUUGAACAAGUUAGUACCCGCUGAAUGUCACUUGACUAGAGCAGGUCAAGAGUCUCACGUUCUUGCUUCUAAUUUGGUGCCUGGUGAUUUGGUAAGUUUCAAAGUCGGUGAUAGAAUUCCAGCUGACGUUAGAAUCGUUGAGUCAGCAGACUUGUGUAUUGACGAAAGUAAUUUGACCGGUGAAAAUGAACCAGUCCACAAAAGUUCCGCUCCAGUCGAUCCAAAAAACUUUUCCCAUAUUCCUGGAUCAAUCAUACCCGUUGGAGACAGAAAUUGUAUUGCUUUCAUGGGUACAUUGGUUAGAGAAGGACAUGGCAAAGGUGUGGUAAUUGCAACAGGGAAGCAUACUGUGUUCGGUUCUGUGUUCGAAAUGAUGAGUAACAUCGAUAAACCAAAGACCCCAUUACAAUCAGCUAUGGAUAAAUUGGGUAAAGAUCUUUCAUUUAUGAGUUUCAUUUUAAUUGGUGCAAUCUGUCUAAUUGGUAUUCUACAAGGAAGAUCUUGGUUGGAGAUGUUCCAAAUUGCAGUCUCAUUAGCAGUUGCUGCUAUCCCAGAAGGUUUGCCAAUCAUUGUUACUGUUACCCUAGCCCUAGGUGUUUUGAGGAUGGCUAAAAGGAAAGCUAUUGUAAGAAGACUUCCAAGUGUUGAAACUCUAGGUUCCGUUAAUGUUAUUUGCUCUGAUAAGACUGGUACUUUGACUGCUAACCACAUGACUGUUUCAAAGAUUUGGUGUCUAGGCAGUAUGGAAAAUAAGACUAAUUGUUUGGCCCUAAAUAAAGUUAAGGAGAGACCCAUCAAGAUGGAUCAGGAUGUUGCAGCAACAUUGAAAAUUGGUAACAUUUGUAACAAUGGUAGUUUCUCUCAAGAACAUGUGAAAUAUCUUGGAAACCCAACAGAUAUUGCUAUCUUAGAGUCUUUACAACAAUUUGGUCUCAAAGAUUGUAGGAAUACUGUUAAUAAACUGAACGAAAUAACUUUCAAUUCUAAAAGAAAGUUUAUGGCUGUGAAAACCGUUGACUCAAAUGACAAAUAUGUCAUCUAUGUUAAAGGUGCCUUUGAAAAAAUUCUGGAUAAAUCUUCAUCUUACAUGGGCAAAGAUGGGAAGAUUCAUAAAUUAACCGCUGCUCAAAGAAGUAUCAUCAAUGACUCCGCUGUUUCCUUAGCUUCUGAAGGUCUACGUACUCUUGCCUUUGCGCAAUUAGAAGUCAAUGCUGCUAUUAACGCAAAAGAAUUUAACGAGUCUAUUAUCGAAAACUUAACCUUUACUGGUUUGAUUGCCAUGAAUGAUCCUCCAAGACCAACUGUUCGUAAUGCUAUUGAAGAAUUAUUGCAAGGUAGUGUACACGUCAUUAUGAUUACUGGUGACGCCGAAAACACAGCUGUUAGUAUUGCUAGACAGAUUGGUAUUCCUGUAAUCAAUCCGGAAUACAGUGUGUUAACAGGUGAUAAGCUUGAUCAAAUGACUGAUGAUCAGCUAGCAGGUGUUAUUGAUCAUGUUAAUGUUUUUGCACGAGCCACUCCAGAGCAUAAGUUGAACAUUGUUCGCGCUUUGCAAAAGCGUGGUGAUAUUGUGGCCAUGACAGGAGAUGGUGUUAAUGAUGCACCAGCUCUAAAACUUGCUGAUAUCGGUAUCUCAAUGGGUAAAAUGGGUACAGACGUGGCGAAGGAAGCAUCUGAUAUGGUUUUAACUGAUGAUGAUUUCAGUACUAUAUUGACAGCGAUUGAAGAAGGGAAAGGUAUCUUCAAUAAUAUCCAAAACUUUUUGACUUUCCAACUUUCUACAUCAGUAGCCGCUUUGUCUUUGGUUGCAAUCUCCACGGCUUUGAAACUACCAAAUCCAUUGAAUGCUAUGCAAAUUCUUUGGAUUAAUAUAUUAAUGGAUGGACCCCCUGCACAAUCUUUGGGUGUUGAACCUGUAGAUCACGAAGUCAUGAGAAAACCACCAAGAAAAAGGUCAGAUAAAAUAUUGACUAAUGGUGUUUUGAAAAGAGUUCUGAUAAGUGCAGCUUUCAUUAUAGUUGGUACGAUUUACGUUUUUGUCAAAGAAAUGGCAGAAGAUGGUCAAGUAACCUCCAGAGAUACCACAAUGACUUUCACAUGUUUUGUGUUUUUUGAUAUGUUCAAUGCCUUAGCAUGUAGACAUUCAACGAAAUCUAUCUUUGAAAUCGGGUUUUUUGAAAAUAAAAUGUUCAAUUAUGCUGUAGGUUUAUCGUUACUCGGUCAGCUAUGUGCAAUUUAUGUGCCUUUCUUCCAAGGUAUAUUCAAGACAGAAAGAUUAAGUUUAGGAGAUCUACUCUUCCUAUUAACUUUAAGCAGUAGUGUAUUCAUAGGAGAUGAAGUCAGGAAAUACUACGCUAAAAAGAAUAGGCAUUUAGACUAUAGUAAUUCCAUUGUUUGA